GAGAAAAACUUUUGAUUCCAGUAUAUACAUUGUAUUGCAAAAUUGUUCCUAGAAGAUUUUUACAAUUCUUCUACAAAUUUGCUUGUGCUUGUUUUUUCUUCAACUAGAAACACAAUGGCUCUUAAAACUAAGAAUUCAGAUUCUUUCAAGGCUGUGGAAACUAAUAACAGGCUGGAGAAUAUCUCCCAAGAUGAAUCCAAAACCAACCAAAAUGUGCGAGUUAAAAAAAGGAUACCAGGCAUUGUGUACAUGUCUACAGUACCUUUUGGUAUGACCAUCCAAGGAAUUGUUAGUCUUCUUUCCAAAUUUGGGGAAAUUGGACGAGUUUUCUUCCAGAAUGCAGAGAAAGAAAAUUACAUUGGAGGAGAGAGUGGUGGCUCAUAUGGACGCUCUGUAGCCAAGGCCAAGAGCACCCGACACAGACGCACCAUCCGCUACAGUGAGGCUUGGAUAGAGUUCCUGUCGAAGCGACGAGCAAAGUGGGUUGCUGAGAUGCUCAAUAACACUCCGGUGGGAGGCAAGAAGAAAGCUAUCUAUUAUGACUGCCUCUGGAACAUGAAAUAUAUAUCCAAGUUGAAGUGGGACAUGCUUAGUCGGCGCAUUAAAUACGAGCGUGAGAUGCGGCAGAGACAGCUGGCCAAUGAAGUGAGGCAGGUGGCUGAGGAGACCGAGCAAUACAUCAAGGCAGCGCAGGUGGCUGAACGUCUCGAGAAGAAAGGAGCACUCGCUGGGGGCAAGGCAAACUCUAAGGCAGCCGUCGGUAUUAAGCAGAGGUUAACUGAAGAAGAAAUUCUUAAGAAGCAGGAGCUCAAGAAAUUAAAAGAACAGAAAUAUAAAACAAAGAUUCAGAAAGCCAAAGCAAGGAAAAUUAAAAACAAGAAUUCAGUUUCAUCUGAAGCUGACAAGAAGUUUAAUGUUUUUGCUGAGAAAUAAAACACUUUGAACUUA